AUGGACGCCUUUGAUCUUGCCUUUGAUCGUGCGGCCCGUCGUGGCGAUGACAUCCGUAUCAAGUCCAUUGAGGCUUGGUGUAUGCAUGAGGAGGAUUGUGGCUAUCAUUGGGUAAUUACCUAUUCACAUCCUACCGGGGGCUCGACGAGUGUGAGCCGGGAGAUAAAUGUCCCACCAAAGUGGAUCACAGGAAUUCCACGCGAAAAAGGUAUCACUGCCAUUGAAUUUCCAGUCACGUCUUGGUGCCCGGACCUCGAAAGUCUCGCGUCUCGCGUAUGUUUCCUCGAAGAACAUCACUACAGCUGUGCUAAUUUUGUGAUUGCUCUACUCUGGGACCAUAAGCGUUGCAAAUACAUUGAAGACCCAGAUAAUCAAAUACGAAGUCUCGCGGAUCGAAUGACUAAACUUGAAGAAGAAUUGUCAACUUUUCACGUCUCUGAAUACCUCGAACCAUUUUAA